AUGUGUCUAGCACCAGAAGCUGGGUUGCCCGGGGCACGCGCUGUGUAUGCCAUGCCAUCGUCUGCGGAAGAGAGUGAUAAUUUUCAUUCCCAACCCAGAGUGGUGGAAACAGAAAGGUGGCCAACCCUUGACCUGACGCAAGGGUAUGAAAGAUAUUACAAAAUGUUUGGGGACAUACGCUGUAUAUUACAAAAUGUUUGGCUGCUGUCGGUGCUACUGGCCUACGAGGAUGAGGAUCACGUGAUCCCCACUGUGCCUGGAGACACUGCAAAUUAUGGCUACCAACUGAUGUCAGCGGUGAGACAUCGCCGCAGGAACAAUCCAUCCGCGUUCUCCUUGAGAGGCAGAAAUGGAGAACCGACAAAUGACCCAACAAUGGUAUCUGAGGUUUACAGAGAACACUAUGCGUGUCUAUGCUCAGCUUUAGCGUCCUCUUCACAUCCACUCUUGUCAAGGCGAUGCUACGAGCAGCCUCUAACCGAUUUGGUCUUCACGGUGGAGGACAUUGGUCAACUCUUGCACAAGAUUAACCCAUUCUGCGCGUUGGGGCCCCACGAGGUCCAUCCCAGGAUCCUGGAGGAAACGUCCUCCACACUGGCAAACCAUUUACACAUGGUGUUUCGUCAGUCGCUUGACGAAGGCUGCCUUCACUUUGCUUGGAAGGAAACGUUUGUCACGCCAAUCUACAAAACUAGUGACCGACUGUCGCCUGGCAGCUGUAGGCCUAUAAGCCUCACUAGCGUGCUGUGCAAGGUGAUGGAACGCAUUCUGAAGCAACCUGUCCUAGAUCACCUUAAUUCUAGCAAUCUGAUAUCUCCAGCUCAACACGGAUUUCUCCCAAACCGGUCUUGA